CCCGCCCCGGAGCCGAGGACUGUCCUCCCAGCCCGCUCCGGCGCUGCGGCUGCUGCUGCUCUGCUAACGGGCUCCGACCCAGCGAGCGCCGCGUCUGCGCGUCCCUCCGCCCGUCCGUCCGUCUGCUCAUCUGCGCCAGGAGGCCUCCGCCGCGCGUGUUUUGUGCUGCUGCAGAACCUGAGACCAUGGCCAAACCAGCACAGGGUGCCAAGUACCGAGGCUCCAUUCAUGACUUCCCUGACUUUGACCCCAGCCAGGAUGCCGAGACUCUGUACAACGCCAUGAAGGGCUUCGGCAGUGACAAGGAGGCCAUAUUGGAGCUGAUCACUUCCCGGAGCAACAGGCAGAGGCAGGAGAUCUGCCAGAACUACAAGUCCCUCUAUGGCAAGGACCUCAUUGCUGACUUGAAGUAUGAGCUGACGGGGAAGUUUGAACGACUGAUUGUGGGUCUGAUGAGGCCACCUGCUUAUGGUGAUGCCAAAGAAAUGAAAGAUGCCAUCUCGGGCAUUGGUACCGAUGAGAAGUGCCUCAUUGAGAUCUUGGCUUCCCGGACCAAUGAGCAGAUCCACCAGCUGGUGGCAGCGUACAAAGAUGCCUAUGAGCGAGACCUGGAAGCUGACGUCAUUGGGGACACCUCCGGCCACUUCCGGAAGAUGCUCGUGGUCCUGCUGCAGGGAACCAGGGAGGAGGACGAUGUAGUGAGCGAGGACUUGGUGCAACAGGACGUCCAGGACCUGUACGAGGCAGGGGAACUGAAAUGGGGAACAGAUGAAGCCCAGUUCAUUUACAUUUUGGGAAAUCGCAGCAAGCAGCAUCUUCGGUUGGUGUUUGAUGAGUAUCUGAAGACCACAGGGAAGCCGAUCGAAGCCAGCAUCCGAGGGGAGCUGUCCGGGGACUUUGAGAAGCUGAUGCUGGCUGUGGUGAAGUGCAUCCGGAGCACCCCCGAGUACUUUGCUGAAAGGCUGUUCAAGGCCAUGAAGGGCCUGGGGACCCGGGACAACACUCUGAUCCGCAUCAUGGUCUCCCGCAGUGAGCUGGACAUGCUGGACAUCCGGGAGAUCUUCCGGACCAAGUAUGAGAAGUCCCUGUACAGCAUGAUCAAGAAUGACACCUCUGGCGAGUACAAGAAGGCUCUGCUGAAGCUGUGUGGGGGAGACGAUGAUGCUGCUGGCCAGUUCUUCCCGGAGGCAGCGCAGGUGGCCUAUCAGAUGUGGGAGCUUAGUGCAGUGGCCCGAGUAGAGCUGAAAGGAACCGUGCACCCAGCCAGGGACUUCAACCCCGAUGCAGAUGCCAAAGCAUUGCGGAAGGCCAUGAAGGGGCUUGGGACUGACGAGGACACCAUCAUCAACAUCAUCACGCACCGCAGCAACGCCCAGCGGCAGCAGAUCCGGCAGGCCUUCAAGUCUCACUUCGGCCGGGACUUGAUGGCUGACCUGAAGUCUGAGAUCUCCGGAGACCUGGCGAGGCUGAUUCUGGGACUGAUGAUGCCACCAGCCCAUUACGACGCCAAGCAGUUGAAGAAGGCCAUGGAGGGAGCCGGCACAGACGAACAGGCUCUCAUCGAAAUCCUAGCCACUCGGACCAAUGCAGAAAUCCGGGCCAUCAACGAGGCCUAUAAGGAGGGUGAGUGUUGGGGACAGUGCAAGAAGAGCCGGGCCCCCGGCUCCACGGGGAACCGUGAGGAGGGAGGAGAAGACCGGGAACGGGCCCGGGAAGAUGCGCAGGUGGCUGCUGAGAUACUGGAAAUAGCAGACACUUCCAGUGGCGACAAGUCUUCCCUGGAGACACGGUUCAUGAUGAUCCUGUGCACGCGUAGCUAUCAGCACCUCCGGAGAGUCUUCCAGGAGUUCGUCAAGAUGACCAACUAUGACGUGGAGCACACCAUCAAGAAAGAGAUGUCUGGGGAUGUCAGAGACGCUUUUGUGGCCAUUGUUCAGAGUGUCAAGAACAAGCCGCUCUUCUUUGCCGACAAACUUUACAAAUCCAUGAAGGGUGCUGGCACGGAUGAGAAGACCCUCACCAGGAUCAUGGUCUCCCGGAGUGAGAUUGACCUGCUCAACAUCCGGCGGGAGUUCAUUGAGAAAUACGACAAGUCUCUCCACCAAGCCAUUGAGGGCGACACCUCUGGGGACUUCCUGAAGGCCUUGCUGGCUAUCUGUGGAGGCGAGGACUAGGACCACCGGCACUGGCGGGCACCUCUGCCGAGCGACGGUCAGCAGCACCACCCGCCACCACCCAGUCUGACUGCUCCGUUCCAGCUCCAGAGACUAAGGAAGGGAUGGGGCGGGGGCGGGGGUGGGGUGGGCGCUCGUCUUCAACUGGGGUUUAGGAAAGGCUGCUGCUCCCGCGAGCCACUGAGGGCCCAGCACGGUCGCUCUUGCUCACGUCUGAGCGGCUGAAGAACCGUAACCAUUGAUCCCGUCCGCCUCCGCUCCCCAUCUUCCUCCUCACACCUUCCUAGCUUCUGUGCCUCAUCACAGCCCCUGUCCUGGUUUGGGCUUUGUCAAAUUCAAAAACAUACUGAGCCUUUGUCUGUGAAGUGAGUGAUGUGUGUGCUUCGCAUGGUGGGGUGUGGUGGCAGGUGCCAGUGGAGUGUCCUGGGGGAAGGAGGGAGACAGUAAGUGUCUCCCAGCAGUUCCGCUGCCUCCGUCCUGGUUGCUAGAGCCCUGAACCCUGGGUCCAAAUACCUGGGUUCAAAUUUGCUCCGCCACACACUUGCCUUAUGACCUUGAGCCAAUCUCUUUCCCUCCCUGAGUCUCUAUUUAAUUACCUACAAAAUGAGAGAGUUUGACAAAACGAUCCGGGCUUUCUCUUCUAACACUGACAUUCUAGGAUGUGCCUCCACACCAUUUCCUUUCCACGUCUUCUCUCUGUAAAUAAAAAGAGACAUGCAGACACAUAAA